GGAGAUAGCUGGGUGGCAGGGACGAGGCGAGAGGAGAGGGGCGCGUUUCGCUUGGGCCACCUCAAAAGCCAUGUAAGACCUCUGGCUUAUCAAGAAUUACGACAAAAAAACGUUUAAUUUACUUAUGACGAACUUCAAAUCACUUUAAAUUUGUAACUCCAUCAACGUAGCAACCAACGAAAGUUAUUUGGAACUGACAAAUCACCAACCAAGAGGACGCAUUUGGGAAUUACGCAUUUAGAAACUUGGCCACAACUUUCCAAAACUCAAUUUCAUUCGUUAAGGAUACUUGUAAUCAGUUUGGAUGUCUGGUAAAAGCGAAGACGCACGCACGGAGCUUUCUUUUAGGUAGUUUUGUGAAUCCUUUCUGUCAAAAAGUGGAUUUUGAAUGGUUGACAACAUGAGCGGGGGUCGUUUUGAGUUUGACGAUGGUGGAGCGUACUGCGGCGGCUGGGAGGGAGGCAAGGCGCACGGACACGGGAUAUGCACCGGGCCCAAAGGACAGGGGGAGUACGCCGGAUCGUGGAACUACGGCUUCGAGGUGGUCGGGGUCUACACCUGGCCAAGCGGGAACACCUACGAGGGGUACUGGCAGCAGGGCAAGCGGCACGGCCUGGGGAUAGAAACCAAAGGGCACUGGAUUUACAAGGGAGAGUGGACGCACGGGUUUAAAGGAAGAUACGGCGCCAGAACACACGUGGUGAGCGGUGCCAAGUACGAGGGAACGUGGAAUAACGGGCUACAGGACGGAUAUGGCACGGAGACGUACGCGGACGGAGGCACGUUCCAGGGCCAGUUCACGGGGGGCAUGCGUCACGGAUACGGCGUGCGUCAGAGCGUCCCCUAUGGGAUGGCGGCGGUGGUGCGCUCCCCCCUGCGUACCUCGCUCACAUCCCUGCGCUCGGAGCACAGUAACGGGGCCGUGCUGCAGCAGGACGUCCCUCUCAUCACCACCACCAGCGCAUCAGGGGAGGAGACGCCCGUGUCCACCCCCACCCACCUGGGACCGGCUCGAGGAGGCUUCGCCCUCACGCUCCAGGUGGAUCCAGAGACCGCCAAGACCAAGAAGAAGGGACUGUUUCAGAGGAGCUCUCUUUUGGGCAAACUGAAGAAGGCAGAGUCCAACACGUCACUGUCCAGUCAGAAAAGUAAAAUCAGUUUUCUCAGAACAGAGUCGGCUCUGAGCUCCAACGCCAGCGACACCAACUCCACCAUCAGCCUGGGAGAUGAGAGCCUUGCUGGAGCAGAGGACUUCCCCCCCGUGGAGACCGACAUCGACGCCACCACGACGGAGGCGUACAUGGGCGAGUGGAAGAACGACAAGCGCUCGGGCUAUGGCAUCAGCGAGCGCUCCAGCGGGCUCAAGUAUGAAGGAGAGUGGCUCAACAACCAGAGGCACGGCUAUGGCUGCACCACCUUCGCGGAGGGGGGCAAAGAGGAGGGCAAGUACCUAAACAACAUGCUGGUGAAAGCUGUGAAGAAGAGAGUGAUCCAGCUCAAAGGAACCAAGAUCAAGCAGAAGGUGGAGCGAGCGGUGGAGGGAGCACAGAGAGCGGCCGCCAUCGCCAAGCUCAAGGCCGAGAUCGCUGCUUCCAGAACCACUCACGCGAAGGGGAAGUCUGAUGGAGCAGACCAGGCGGCACAAGCCUCCAGUGGAGAGGCCAGUCUGGCUCGAGCUGUGGCCAAAGAGCUGUCACCUUCGUUCUACCAACCUGGCCCGGAGUACCUGAAGAAGCGCGCCCUGCAGGAGGCGAUGGAGAGCAGUGAAAAUACGGACAUAGUGAUGCACGAGCCUCUGUUAGCCGAAGAAGAGCCGUUACCCACCCCUCCUGAGAGUCCCAUCACAAACGAGCUCGACCUCCUCAUGCCCGAAUCCUCCCCUGCACGGACCCCCUCUCCCAGCCCCGGUAUCACACAGCCCCCCAGAGACGACAAGCUCCUCAGCCCUAGAACCUGGAGCGAAGGAGGGGGGAGCACCAAGUCGAACAGCAAACCAAACAGUCGUCCUAUUACGCCUUCUACAUCUGCCUCUUCAGCCCCCCCACCUGUCGCACCUGCUCCUGAACGCACCCCAAGCCAACAAAGCAACAAAAUCGAACAAGAUCUCGAAAUUAAACCUCUCCAGAAAUUCGACAACGAAAAACAAUCUGAUGCUACAACUUCCGCUCCUCCUUCAGCAAGAAAUAGCCAAAUUUCUGCACAGGUGGAGGAGGAAGAGGAGCCGCCAGCACCACAAGCACCACAAGCACCACCGCGCCCAGCAUCCAAAAUGUCUGCCAAAGCUGCCACCCCAGAGCCACCAAAAGUGGUAGAACCCAAGCCUGAGAGACCUCCGUCAGUCCAGGAGAGAACGCCGUCCGUUUCCAGGGAGACGAGUAGAUCUUCGAGCAGAGCGGAUUCGAGGCCGGCGUUGAAGAGGCAGCCGAGUCCUGCUCCGAGACCCAAGCUAGAGGCGAAAAUCCCAGCUCCCAAACCAGCGGAGCCCAAACCAGCAGAGCCCAAAGCAGUGGUCCCCAAAGCACCAGCCAAACCUGAGCCUAAAGCCGAAACUAGACUGAGGUCGACGGGAGUGAGUCAGAGCAAAGAGGAGCCACUGGACUCUCUGGAUAUGGAGGGCCCAAACACCAUCCUCAUCGUCAUGGUGAUACUACUUAACAUCGGGUUAGCCAUUCUCUUUGUGCACAUCCUGUCAUGAGAUUCUUCACUUCAGGUUACAGUUGGAAGAUGGCACCUCCCCAGGACCAGAAAUGCUACAGCCUCCUGCAGACAGCCAGGGGGCGCUGUUUUGCGUUGAAUGACUUUGGGAGGCUCUGGGAAUCUCCGAGACUCGAGACAGAAGAGGAGAAGAAGGACGGCUCCAAAAACUGGGACAAUUCAGGACAAAAAAGUGUGUUCAAGUCGCGAUGGAGGAGGAGGGAGAGUACGUCUACACAGGAGGAAGCUAUCAAUGUGUUUUAAAUGAAGGAACUACACGAGUUCAGAAGAUGUUGGUUCAUUACUGACUGAAAAUUCUCACCAAAAUGCCUUAACUGGGAUUAUAUAGCAGCAGCACACGUGUGACAAGUGUGGGAGUGUAUCUACGGUCAGAUUACUGUUUUAAUGUUGUUUUACUUUAAUAACUUUUAAAAUAUUCAUAAAUCGCCCCAUGCUGUGCUAAAAACUACUUUUUUAAGUUUGCCACAUCAAAAACAUUACUAUUGUUUCACUCAUUUCUGUUAAUGCAUAUUUAGUCUAUAGCAAAACACUCAGUUCCACCUGCUGAUGUCACAAGGUGGUAUCCAUGAAGUAAUCUGCAUUCAUACAGUUGGACAGGACAGUUCAUGUUUUAUUCAUGAUAACUCAUAGUGUGCUAUAAACUGCAUUUUUAAGAUUAUAUUGAAUAACUAUUGUUUCAUUAAUAUCUGUUACACCUGAUGAUGUCAUGAGGUGGUAUCCAGGCACUCAAAUUGCCUUCACUGCAAAUAAAAUCUGCCUUUUGUUUAUAGCACUGUUUAAACCGCCUCACCCCAGUCCAUGUGCCCCCUGCUGGAUAUAAUUGCAUUUUGUAUAUGCACAGAAAUAAUGAGAGAAUUCAUUUGAACUGUUUUCUAUUCAAACACAUUAUAUCAGAUUUUAAAACAUGACAAAUUGUGGUGUACAAACAUAUUUUAAAUGCUUAAAAGUGGCAGAAUGUAUGACGUUUAAAACACAAUAUUUAUUACAGGUUGUGAAUGGAACUCGAUGGUUUAAGUUCAAAGAUUCUCUGGGAAAAUGUAAAAUAUAAAAAUUAUAUCAUUAUGUAAAAAUAUAUUUAAAUAUAUUUGCUUCUUAUCUACUCCAACUGCAAACGCUGGUCUAGCUCCCAAAUAUUAGCUGGAAAAAUAUAUUUAUUUGAUUAAAAAGAAAUAAUUUUAAAGUAAUCUAUAAUAUUUUUAAGUUAAAGGAACUGUAUGUAAGGCUUUCACUUUGAAUUUCAUCAACAUGACCUAACUGUGUCCCUGGAUACAACAUUAACAUAUUCAAAUCAGUUCGAGCUUUUACUGAUAACAACAGUAAUCCUGAUUUAAUCUUAGUUACAAAAACAUUGGACAUGAUGGCAUAAAGUUGUUGUUAUAAUUUGAUGGUUUGCUUCAAGAUGAUUCAAUCAAAAAGUAGAAUGAGCCUCACACGACUCUCUCAUUUGGGUUGCCAGUUUCAGUGCUGAAAUCCUGUUGGUUUAAACCUUAAAGGACUCUCUCUGAUCUAAAUGAUCACUAUCUAAACGUCGGCACCUUCAGUCGAUCAUGAACCAGUGCAGCCUCUAGUGCAGCCUCUGCAGCUCAGUGAGUGAAUUCUGGAGGUUCAUGAGGCCUGUCCAUAAACUGAGAAUGAGACACACUGUAUGUGUCUCUAUCUGCAGGCUCUGGACACACAGGUACAGGUCUUUUUGUUUAGCUCAGGCUUUAUACAGUUCCUUUAAUAUGUUUUUCUUACAGUUUGGGGCUCACCUUACACUGUUGUGGACUUCACUGUGAAACUUCGCAUUUUCACUUGUUUGUAUUUAUGAUCAUUCUAAUGUAAUGAUAUAUUUGGGUUGAAUAGAGAAAGUAUUGGAGUUUCUGCUGUUAAAAUGCUGGAUUGUUGUACUGUACAACAGAGGUGGGUAGUGUAUUCAAACUUUUACUUGAGUAAAAAUACUGUCUGUCACUUUAAAGUGAUUUUAUUCAACUAGUAAAUAACGGUAACUGUGACCUGCCCACCUCUGCAUAUUUACCUGUCUCUCAUUGGCCCCCAAGAGGUAAACAGUGCUCUCUGCUCAUACUUAUAAAAUCUAUGGUAAUGAGGCCUAGACCAGGGCUAAACCAGGUCUAAACCAGGACUAAACCAGGAUCAAAUCACCAGGACUAGUCUAGGGCUAGACCAAGACUAGGAAUAUAGUAUAUAAUAAUAUUUAUGCUUCCAGUUGAUGUUUGGUUGACCUUCUCCUGACAGUGUACACCAGACUGAUUUAGAGCAGAUCCAACUUUCAACUAUUAUUGUCCCAAAGGGAAAAUUUGGGUCAUUCCUGGUUUAGUCCCGGUUCAGUCUGUGGAUUAGUCCUGGUUCAGUGCCUGGUGUAGACCUCAUUCACUCCUUACUUAGACCUGGUUUAGUUUUAACUUUAGUUUAGUCCCAGUUGUUAUUUACACUCAUAAUUACACUAACAUUUUGUCAGAAAAAUCUCUUAUAAACUCACACACACAGCGCCUGCUUGUGUAUGAGCCGAGGGCAGUGUAAUGUGAGCUGGUUCUGACUGCUUAAGUAGAGACUAGUCUGGAGAAUGAGCUAAGCUUGUGUACAUUUGAGUGGCUUGUUUGGAUGUUGUUUUUCUGUCCUAUUUCAUGAUUUUAUUUAUGCUUCAUUUCAUCAUUGGAUGCAGUCUCCACACGUUGGUGUCAUUUCAGGGCUUAUAGUCACAUUUUCUAUGCAGGAGGCCACUCGUGUUGAAUGUUUUGUAAUUUAUUUAUGUGCAUGUCAAUAGCCACAAAAAGUAGAAUUUCAGAAAAAGGUUUUUAAAACGUUUACUUCUUUAUAUGAGAUGAGGAAUUAGGGAUGUAACAAGAACCGUUUUGAUUUUGGAAUAUUUUAAAGCUGCUCUAUGCAACUUUUCUGGUGAAGGAUAUAUAUACCACCAGCUUGUCUCCAUGGAGAUGUUACUGCUUUGCUUGGAAAGUUCCACAGUAUGAUAUUAAAUGUUUCUAUCUCCAUGGAGACAAACAGAUAUGUGAAUGCAUGUAUUUUUGAGCAAUAAGAUCUCUUGAAUGAAAGUCCCAAGUGACAGGUCAGAUCUGUGGAGAGUCGUAGUGUUUUUUCAAGGUAGAGCAGCAAUAAAAUCAUCUGUAAUUAAAUCUAGAUAAAAUGCCGAACAUUACAAGCAAAGAAAUAACAUUGUGAUGGAGACUAGCAGGUGGCAAUUCCCCAACCAGAAAAGUUGCAUAGUGCACUUUAAGCACUAGUUUAUUUCUGUAAGAUUAGACUUCACAUUGUUAUGUUUAUUGAACCAUGAGGUGAAUUAAUGGCGUUACAUACUGUUACAUCCCUCGAGAGUACAGUACGAUUCUUAACUGCAUGUCUUACACUGAGCACUGUCCUUUUCAGCUGUUUUUAUGCCCAAAUCUCCAAACUCCCAAAUCACUUCAGUGUAUAUGAAUGCAUUUACCCUCUGGGCCUCACAAUCGGUUGACUUGUGAAAAUACUGACCAUGAACAAAUAAAAAUAUUUUGGCCUAAAUUAGGUAUUUUGUUAUCCCCACGAAGUCCACUCAAACUUAGGACCACAUCACACAAUAUUGUUAGAUCAUACGAUUGGGAAAAUCUUCCAGUUGUAUUCAGCCAGAAGGAAAGAACUUUCACAGAACUGGUGACAUUAGACUGAAGAAAUUCACAGUGUUUGAGAGGGACUUGUUUAAGAGCACAAAUCAGCUACCUUCUAAUUCAAGCCAAGUUAGUUGUUUAAUGGUCAGAUUGUGUUAAAAUAAAGCCCAGCUGAAGCAUGAG